CGCCUUCCGCCGCCACCGCGUUCAUCAGCUCCGCCCGUAGAUCUCCCUCUCGAACAUCAUCCUCUCAGGGUCCUCCCGCCCCAGCGUGCACUCGAAAAUGUUGAAUAACGACGAGAAGUGGAACAUCGCCUCCCUGAACCGCGUCACGAAGAAGGGCGUGUUCUACGCGCCGUCGAUCACGGUAUGCACGAAUAUGUUCGGCUUCAUCCUCUUGAUCAGGUUUGGCACCGCGUUCCUCAGAGAAUUCGAAUCGAUCUACUCUUCUAGAUGGUUCUUCAGCCGGAAGAGUGAGUUCACCACAAGCACCUCCCCUGCCUCGAUUUUGAAAUCCUAGAUCGGGAUGGCCCCAAGUUCUGGGACGCGAUCGGGUGGUACUCAAACGGCAUGCCAAAUCGGUUACAGUACUUGGCGAGGUGGCGGUCGGUCUACUCGUUCUGCCCCGACGGUCGGAACCCUCGUUGCGGGAGCUCGAUUCCGGUGAUCCGGAGCUUGGGAGGGGACCGUUGGGCCGCAUCGCGAGGAAUUGGAUGAGGAUCGUCCACUGGAGCCGAACAUUAUCCCGAAAUGGAGUUAUACAUUAAGUUUUUUUUUAUUUGGAGUUUUUUCUAUAAGUUCCAGAAGCAAGAUGAGAAAAAGUUUAGCCGGAAACCAAAAGACUCAAGAGAAGAAGGUGGAGAAGAAGAAAUAAACAAAUUCUCUGACGAAUUGCUCCACCGCCACCGCAACCACAUGCCCCAAUCUCCGACGACCGCCACUGAAUCUCAUCCACGCUCUGGCGCUCCACCCAAUUUGAUUCGGCCUCAUUUGUCUGCUUCCCCUAAGCGCCCAGUUGCCUCGCCGCCGCCACCAAGCGUGUAUGCAACGGUGGCGAGGGCUAAAUAUAAAUUAGUUUACUUUUU